AUGAAGGGAGAUGCUGACGCUACCCUGUCUACGGUGGCGUCGAACCACCCGAACCUCGUGCCACUAGUCGAGCAGAUCAGAGACGACCUCGCCGCCAAGCACUACCACGAACUCACGGAGGCGCUGACAUCGCUGCUUGGGUCGGGCAGCCUCGUUUGUGACGACAAAAUACGCGUGUUUGAGGCGCUGGUACAUCCCAUAAAGGAUGCACUCAACACACUGCGAUUCGCACAACUGCUGGCGGCGUGCUCCGAAAACCUAGACCCGAAGGUUGCGCUAGAACACCUAUGCAAGUACGAUGCCUUCCUCGAGAAGGACUUCGAAGCCAACAUCAUGCACCAAAUCGCAAAGGCCCACCAUAUGGUCAAGAAUGGUCAGGUUAAGGAGUGCGAUACACUGCUCAGCGACGUAAAGCAAAAGAUCGAGGAAACUAUGAACGUCGACAUCACGGUGCAUAGCGCGUACUACCGAGCCGCUGCUGAAAUGAACAAGGCGGCCAAGAAUUUCUCGCUGUGCUACAAGGACUGGAUCAUGUACCUGUCUUACACCUCUACCAACGACAUACCUGAAGUCGACCGGGUGGCCAUCGCCGUCGAGAUCACCGUAUGCGCUAUCGUCGCCCACGACAGUUUUGGGUUCGGGGAACUCAUACACCAGCCGAUUAUUGAGGCAUACCUUAAAGGCGGCGACCAUCAGUGGUUGUAUGACAUGCUGAUCAUCUUUAACGAAGGGCAUCUGCACCUCUUCGAUGAGGCACUGGAACGACACAGGGGUAAGGUAGUGCACACGGAACUAGCGGGCAGGGAAACAGAGUUAAGGCAAAAAUUGACGCUGAUCGCUCUUCUAAACCUCGCUUUGGGAAAGCCGAACAAACAGCGUUGCCUCACAUUCCAGGAAAUCGCCGAUCACUGUGCCAUCAGGAUCGAACAGGUGGAGCCCUUUGUACUUAAGGCUCUGGCUCUCAAACUCAUCAAGGGGCACAUCGACCAGCUACAGCAAACUGUCUCUAUCAAGUGGUUGCAACCAAGAAUACUAGACAUGGGGAAAUUGGAACGUAUUUGCUUGUUUGAUGCUGUUCCCAGAGGAUCUUCGUCACGAUACGUCUGGCGCCUCGUUAAGUUUAAAGUCAGGGCCACGGAUCCGUACAUGCAAGGCUGCGGCGUUACGUACGCAUCAGAUGAGUUGUUCAAGCCUGAGACACCCCAACUCUACGACGGUGAUGGGCAGUCGCAGUUUGGCUGCAAGAUUGAUCUUCAAGCUGCCAGGGAAGCGGCAUUCUACUGCCCAGCACCGUAUCUCCUGGACCCACCCAACUGCUUCAGCCAGGCCUCUGUGGACGGUAAAGGAAGGAACCUAAACGACCUCAGCAAGUCAUUGGUGGCGUCUCGAUCUAACCACUUGUCAUACUGA